ACGGGGUGGAGUCCGCGGCCGGAAGUUGUCAGCUGUGAUUCUGACACCCGGAGCGGGUCUCUCUUUAUACCGGAAGCGGGUGACAGCGGAGAGAUGAGCGGCGAGGAGGAGGAGCCGUCCGGGCUGUUUGACAACGAAGACCCCGAGGACGGAGAGGAGGCCCCGGGCCUAGAGGGGGCGGAAGUGAUGUCGGGGGAAGACUCUUUACUGAAGAAGUUUGAGAUCAGCGUUUCAGAAGCCGAGAAGCGGAGCGGGAAGAACGCGAUGAACAUGCAGGAGACGUACACGGCGUAUUUGAUUGAGACCAGGAUGCUGGACACGCACAGUGAAGGACACGCCCUGGACUGCCUGUGGAGGCGCUACAGCGAGUUUGAGUUGUUGCGCACUUACCUCUCCAUCACCUAUCCCUUCGUCGUCGUCCCCCCACUGCCGGAGAAAAGGGCUGAGUUCGUCUGGCACAAGCUCUCGGCUGAUAACAUGGAUCCUGACUUUGUGGAGCGCAGGAGGAUUGGACUGGAGAACUUUCUUCUGCGUGUGGCCUCGCACCCCGUCCUAUGUCACGACAAGAUCUUCAGUUACUUCCUUAACCAGGAGAACAGCUGGAAGGAGGCGCUGAACGAGGCCGGACUACAAGUGAAGACGGACUCCAGGCUGAAGUCACUGAAUGCAACUUUCCGUGUCAAAAACCCAGACAAACGCUUUACGGAGCUGAAACAUUACAGCGACGAGCUGCAGUCCGUGGUCUCUCACCUCCUGCGGGUCCGUGCGAGAGUGGCCGAUCGGCUCUACGGCGUGUACAAGGUGCAUGGGAAUUAUGGUCGAGUCUUCAGUGAAUGGAGUGCUAUAGAAAAGGAGAUGGGCGACGGUCUGCAGAGCGCCGGACAUCACAUGGAUGUGUACGCUGCGUCUAUUGAUGACAUCCUGGAGGAGGAGGAGCACUACGCCGAUCAGCUGAAGGAGUAUUUAUUCUAUGCUGAAGCGCUGAGGGCCGUGUGCAGGAAACAUGAGCUCAUGCAGUACGACCUGGAAAUGUCGGCGCUGGAUCUGGCCUCCAAGAAGCAGCAGAGCGAGGAGCUGGCCACCGGGGUAAGGACAUCACUGCCCCUGUAUGGGGGCGUCCCCAUCACGGAGCUCACCCUCAGUUCAUGUCUUUUGUUUUGUCCUCCAGACGGUGAGAACAUUUUCGCUAAAGGGAAUGACCAGCAAACUGUUUGGUCAGGAGACUCCGGAGCAGAGAGAGGCCAAGAUCAAGCUGCUGGAGGAACAGAUAGAAGAGGGCGAGGAGCAGCUGAAGGUGCAGAACGUAGAGAGCGGGGACUUUGUGCAGAACGCUUGGCUGGAGAUAGAACGCUUCAAGGAUCAGAAGAACCGGGACCUGAAGGAGGCCCUGAUCAAUUACGCCGUCAUGCAGAUCAGCAUGUGCAAGAAGGGCAUCCAGGUCUGGACUAACGCUAAGGAAUGCUUUAGUAAGAUGUGACCCCGGGAGCCCCGCGUGUCGGCUCCUCAAGUCGCUGAGCUGCAGCCUGAUCUCUGCCUCGACCAUGGGACUUCUGGUGCACUUCAAGUCUCUUUUCUUGUACCUGGAGGUGUUAUGGCGGUCGGCCACAAAGGACGGUUCAGCUUUCAUGCCAAGGCUUUCUCCCCGAUUGUUUGAUCUGUCCUGGCCCAGGCCUCGUGCCAACAGAUCUGCUGCAGAAUCCUCUUAUUCCUCUACGUUUGGCCUUCAUUUUCCAGAGCUUAAGGAAUGCCGAGUUCCCUGGAGCACAUGUAAGGAAAGGUUUAAUGUGACAGUCAGUGAAUAGCAUUUCCUGCUCCCCGGUGCCCACUCCUUAGCCAUGUACCUAAACGUGGGCAGCCACGUGGACGCAUCGGGGGAAGGCCGCUGCCAGCACCGUCACUUUGUGCCUUUAGUGAUGUCACUAGGUCUUGAAGAACUGGCAGGGGAGAAGUAGAUCAGAGGUAAUGGGUCCCAUCUUUAAGGUAUUUUUUAGGAAAGCUGCAGCCUGAUAUCACAUGUGGCCCUUCUGUAUCCUGUUCAUGUAGGAGCCCCAUAUUGUGCCUAUUAAAGGGCUGGAACAGGCUGCUGAUAAUUAAAGCUUCACUGCAACUUUCUGAUAGAUUUUUGGGUUUCAAUUUCAUUUUUGCAUAAAGAACCUGGCCUGACGUGAUCCUGCUCACACAGCUGAGGGUUUGUUUCAGUUGUUUCCGGUGAUGAGAGAUGCGCUGCUCUUGUGUUCACCUUAUAGGACAUCAGCUCUGUGAGCAGGACCUGGGCCGGAUGGGAUUUCUGGCUGUAAACACUAAGUUCACUGACAGCAAGCAGAGAUGUUGAUAAUAGUGAGUUCUGUAUAUAAGGAUUACGGCUUGUUCGCACCGUCCCGCUCUGUCUUGUCCUCCCCCCUCCUCGGUGCUGAGAACCGUUCACAUUCCUUGUGCCAAAUCAUCAAUAAAUUGUAAUCGUCUGUU